CUUAGUAAAAUGUUUGAUAUUUCCUCUUCCGUUGGCUAUCCUAAAAAUCGUUUGCUAUUUUUUUUUUUUUCAAAAAAUACAAUAUAUAAAAUUUUUUCAUAGCAUCAAGAGAGAAAAUGCAAAAUCCUAACGAAUUUCUGGUGUCGACGUUGGAGUGCUCGCAGGAAGGUUCUACUUAUGUUAGUAGACAGGAUAUAAUGAAUUUUCCUUUUCCGUACAAAUUGUGGUUAGUUGUGCAUUUAGAUUUCUGUGACUUUCUACGUUGGAAUCGUGAUGGUACAGUAAUGUUACUAGACUUAAUAGCUCUUGAGGAUUAUUUGAACUCCAACCAGUCUAUAUUUAAAAUUAAAAACCGAUCUGUGUUUUUGGAGCAUCUGGAACAAUUUAAAUUUGAUAGAUUGAACGCGACACCGGAAGCGGAAGAGGAUUUACUUUUGCAGUACAAAAACGAAAAUUUCCAACGACAUCGAUUAGAUUUGUGUCCAAAAAUUCGUCGGCAUACUUAUCAGUUGCUGGGAGAGGUGGAGAAAAUUCACGUUACAAGCGAUACAGAGACUCUUAUUCAAUCGAAAGGCUUAGCUGAGGAGCGAAAAUCAUGCCAAGCAGCCGAUCGCAUGUUAGGAGACUUGUGUUUCAUGUCACAUGGAGGCCUAUCUAAUAUUCAAAAAAGCCGAACUCGUUUUCAAACGAUUUUAAGUUUUCAAAACGAGACCCGCAUUUUGGAGGAUAAAUUAAAGGCCUCUGAUGAAUGCGCAGCUAUAAAAGCUCAACAGCGACGUCUUAAAUCAGAAGUGCUAUUCCGCUCGAGUUUUGGAACUUCGGAAGAAGAACAAGUAAUAGAAUUACCAGUGGACUUAUUCGAGAAUCCACAUGAUUCUGUGCUGCAUUUGGGCGCCGAUUUCCGCCCAGAAUAUGCAGGCUAUUACGGAAAUUGUAAUAAAGAGCAAGUAUUACACUUUUUCGGGGACUAUCUUCCAAUGUACGAAGAUGGUACAAUGGAAGUAAAAAAAAUUGUAGCUGACCAAUGUAACACUAAUCAACAACUCACGGAAUCAAACAAAGGACCGUUAUGUGGCGAAGCGGACUUGGGUAGUAAUUUACCAUUAUCUCUCUCGCAAAUGAUUCCGCAACAAGGUUUAACGACGUUAAAUUUAUCAUCCACUUUGGAACCGAUAUUUAAAAACGACGAUGACGACGCCGAAAAUCACAACAUAUCUAAAAUCGAUACCAGCUCCAAUAUGUGUAACGCAGCGGAAGCUGAGGCGGAGAUUUCCAUGGAGGAGUUCAUUAAAUUCAAAGGAAACAUCAAGGAAGAUCCGAAAGCGAGUUACACCGAAGUAACUAAAGAUUUUCCUCAAAUGCCAUCGGCAAUUAAAAUGGAAAUCACUGAUGAAUCAGACUCGGAAAAUGAAGCUAAUUUUCGAAACUUUUUUAGCCAAUAUCGUGCAUCAUUGAAUUUGCUUUAUGAACGCCAUUAAUAAGAAAUGACUUGGUAAUUUAAUUUGACAUCUAGCGUACAAAAAUGUGAAUAUUUAGCU